UGAAAAACAGGCAAACCCAUCUUCCCCAAGCCUUCAUCCAUUCCAUUUCCUCUGCUCCCCAUUCUUCUGGGGGCUUUCUCCCUCUCUCAUUUUUUCUUUUCAACAACCAACUCUUCUCCCACUGUAGCUGUUCUUGGGGUUUGAUCUUCUUUCUUCUGUUAUUGCUCCAUCGCCCCAGAAAUGGAGGGUGGCGAUCUGUUUAAAGCCAGGAACAGUCUCCGGCGAGGCGGAUCGGCCUCCGUGUGGAGAAACAAUCCGUCGGAUGUGUUUUCUGCUUCUUCGAGAGAAGAAGACGAUGAAGAAGCCCUGAAGUGGGCUGCUCUAGAGAAGCUCCCCACUUAUGAUCGUCUCAGAAAGGGCAUAUUGGCCAGCGCUUCCAAGACUGAGCUCAGCGAGAUCGACAUCCAAAAUCUUGGUGUCGAAGAAAGGAAAGUUCUCCUCGACCGCCUUGUUAAAGUUGCUGACCAGGACAACGAGAGUUUCUUGUUGAAGCUCAAGAACAGAAUUGACAGGGUUGGAGUAGAGCUACCGACGAUUGAAGUCCGAUACGAGCAUCUCAAUGUGGAAGCCGAAGCUACAGUUGGGAGCAAAUCUCUGCCCACCUUCACCAACUUCACUAUAGGAAUCUUCACGGGUAUCUUGAAUGGGUUGCACCUCCUUCCCAACAAAAAGAGACAUCUGACCAUCCUCAAUGAUGUUAAUGGAGUCAUCAAGCCCGGCAGAAUGACUCUGCUUCUGGGUCCUCCAAGUUCUGGGAAAACAUCACUGUUGCUAGCUUUGGCUGGAAGGCUGGAUCCUAAUCUGAAAGUCUCAGGGAGAGUGACUUACAAUGGUCACGAUAUGCACGAGUUCAUCCCCCAGAAAACCUCAGCUUACAUUAGCCAGCAUGAUCUUCACAUGGGUGAGCUGACUGUUAGGGAAACUUUGGCUUUUGCUGCCAGAGUCCAAGGGGUUGGAUCUCUUCAUGAUAUGUUGGCUGAGUUGUCGAGAAGAGAGAAGGCAGCAAAUAUUAAACCUGAUCCUGAUAUUGAUGUCUACAUGAAGGCUGCUGCAACAGAAGGUCUAGAAAGCAAUGUUGUUACAGACUACGUUUUGAAGAUCUUAGGGCUGGAAGUUUGUGCAGACACACUAGUUGGCGAUGAAAUGAUCAGAGGUAUCUCUGGAGGACAAAGAAAGCGUGUUACUACAGGUGAAAUGCUGGUUGGACCAGCAAGGGCAUUGUUCAUGGACGAGAUCUCUACCGGUUUGGACAGUUCCACAACGUUUCAGAUUGUGAACUCAUUGAAGCAGCAAAAUCACAUCCUCAAUGGCACUGCAGUCAUUUCCCUCCUCCAGCCUGCUCCCGAGACAUACGAUCUCUUUGACGAUAUCAUCCUGGUGUCAGAUGGGCAGAUUGUGUACCAAGGCCCUCGUGAGAAUGUGAUCGAGUUCUUCGAGCAUAUGGGUUUCAAGUGUCCUGACAGGAAAGGAGUUGCUGAUUUCUUGCAAGAAGUUACAUCGAAAAAGGAUCAGAAGCAGUAUUGGGCUAGAAGGGAUCAACCAUACCGUUUUGUUACAACGAAGGAGUUUGCUGAGGCUUUCCAGUCGUUCCACGUGGGAAGAAAGAUUGAAGAUGAUUUGUCUGUUCCUUAUGACAGAACCAAGAGCCACCCUGCAGCUUUGGCUACCAAAAAGUAUGGAAUUGGGAACAAGGAGCUUCUCAAGGCCAACUUCGCAAGAGAAUUCUUGCUCAUGAAGAGGAACUCAUUUGUCUAUGUCUUCAAGCUUACCCAACUAUUCAUCAUGGCACUGCUUGCUAUGACCGUCUUCUUCAGGACUGAGAUGCAUCGCAACACGAUCCAGGAUGGAGGGAUCUUUGUGGGUGCUCUCUUUUUCACACUGAUUAUGAUCAUGUUCAACGGAAUGGCUGAGCUUUCCAUGACCAUCGCAAAGCUUCCGGUCUUUUACAAGCAAAGGAAUCUGUUUUUCUACCCACCAUGGAUAUACUCCAUUCCGCCAUGGAUCCUGAAGAUUCCUGUCACCUUCCUCGAAGUUGCUGUCUGGGUCUUCAUGACUUACUAUGUCAUUGGAUUCGAUCCUAACUUUGGAAGGUUGAUUAGGUUGUAUAUCCUGCUGGUAGCAAUUAAUCAGAUGGCUUCUGCUCUCUUUCGAUUCAUUGCUGCAACUGGAAGGAACAUGAUCGUUGCCAACACCUUUGGCUCAUUUGUUUUGCUUCUUCUCUUUGCACUGAGUGGAUUCAUUCUGUCACGAGAGGAUGUAAAGAAAUGGUGGGUUUGGGCUUAUUGGGCAUCACCUAUGAUGUAUGGGCAGAAUGCAAUAGUAGUCAAUGAAUUUCUCGGACACAGUUGGAGUCAUGUUCCAGCAAACUCAAGCUCAACAGAAUCACUUGGAAUUCAAGUGUUGAGGUCUCGUGGGUUCUUCACAGAGCCACAUUGGUAUUGGUUAGGAGUGGGAGCAACUCUAGGAUUCCUAUUCCUAUUCAACAUUGUUUUUGCUUUCGCUCUUACUUUCUUGGAUCAGUUUGAGAAGCCACAAGCUGUCAUACCUGAAGAUGAGGCCACCACAUCAGGAGGAGCAAUAGAGAUGUCAACUGGCGGUUCAUCCAUAACCGCAGCUGCAAAUGAUGAAGCUGGUGGAAGCAAAAAGAAAGGGAUGGUCCUUCCAUUUGAGCCUCAUUCCAUCACCUUUGACGACAUAGUAUAUUCGGUUGACAUGCCAGAGGAAAUGAAAGGCCAAGGUGUUGCUGAAGACAAACUGGUUCUUCUAAAGGGUAUUAGUGGUGCUUUCAGGCCUGGUGUUCUGACAGCUCUUAUGGGAGUGAGUGGUGCUGGUAAAACUACUCUUAUGGAUGUGCUUGCUGGAAGGAAAACCGGUGGCUACAUUGAAGGAAACAUCACCAUUUCUGGAUUCCCUAAGAAGCAAGAAACCUUUGCUAGGAUUUCAGGUUACUGUGAGCAGAACGACAUUCAUUCUCCACAAGUGACAGUGUAUGAGUCUCUAGUCUACUCAGCUUGGUUGCGUUUACCCCAAGAAGUUGAUGAAAAGACUAGAAUGAUGUUUGUCGAAGAAGUGAUGGAUCUCGUAGAGCUAAACCCCUUGCGUAACUCUCUUGUUGGACUCCCGGGUGUGAGUGGAUUGACUACCGAGCAACGCAAGAGGUUAACAAUUGCAGUGGAAUUGGUGGCAAAUCCAUCCAUCAUCUUCAUGGAUGAGCCAACGUCAGGAUUGGAUGCUAGAGCUGCUGCCAUUGUCAUGAGAACAGUGAGAAACACCGUGGACACUGGUAGAACUGUGGUGUGCACCAUCCAUCAGCCCAGCAUUGAUAUCUUUGAAGCUUUUGAUGAGUUAUUCCUGUUGAAGAGAGGAGGACAAGAGAUAUACGUCGGUCCUCUUGGCCGCCACUCUACCCAUUUGGUGAAAUACUUCGAGGAGAUCGAAGGAGUGAGCAAGAUCAAAGAUGGGUACAACCCUGCAACAUGGAUGUUGGAGGUGACCACCACAGCACAAGAGAUAGCCCUAGGAGUAGAUUUCACAGAUGUAUACCGAAACUCGGACCUCUACAAGAGAAAUAAGGCCCUGAUCAAGGACUUAAGCAAGGCAGCCCCAGGAGCCAAAGAACUCUACUUCCCAACACAAUACUCACAACCCUUCUUGACACAAUGCAUGGCUUGCCUGUGGAAGCAGCACUGGUCCUACUGGCGUAACCCGCCAUACACAGCUGUCAGGUUCUUGUUCACAACCUUCAUUGCCCUCAUGUUCGGAACCAUGUUCUGGGAUCUUGGUGGCAAAACAUCGAGGAACCAAGACCUGUUCAACGCAAUGGGAGCAAUGUUUGCAGCAGUGUUGUUCCUUGGUGUCCAAAAUGCAUCCUCGGUGCAGCCUGUGGUAGCCAUUGAAAGAACUGUGUUCUACAGGGAGAGAGCAGCAGGGAUGUACUCUGCCUUGCCUUAUGCCUACGCCCAAGUGAUUAUAGAGAUCCCUUACAUUCUGGCCCAGGCUUUGGUGUAUGGAGUGAUCACAUAUGCCAUGAUUGGAUUCGAAUGGGACGCGAAGAAGUUCAUGUGGUACAUCUUCUUCAUGUACUUCACACUCCUCUACUUCACUUACUACGGGAUGAUGACCGUCGCCAUCACGCCAAAUCACCAUAUUGCCUCCAUCAUCUCGUCUUUCUUCUACUCCAUCUGGAAUCUCUUCGCCGGAUUCAUUGUCCCUAGACCUACUAUCCCAGUGUGGUGGAGGUGGAACUACUGGUUGAACCCGAUCUCGUGGACACUAUACGGUUUGAUUGUGUCGCAGUAUGGAGAUGUGAGGAGCCCAAUGGAGGAAACAGGGGAAGCUGUGGAGGAUUUCUUGAGGAGCUACUUCGGUUUCAAGCAUGAUUUCUUGGGAGUCAUUGCUGGAGUCAUGGUUGGAUUGGUAGCUGUCUUCGCCUUCAUCUUUGCCAUCUCCAUCAAGUCUUUCAACUUCCAGAGAAGAUAGAUAGACUUUCAUAGCCAAGGAAAGAGUGAUAGCUCAGACCCAUUACAUCUACUUUGCCAUUUUUGUUGUUGUUGUAAGUUUUAGGUGGUUUCUAAUUGGCUGCUAAUGUCAUAUAAACAAAGAGUAUUGAGUGUAUUAGUUCAUUAAUCCAUGUGAAAUAUGAUGUUGUAAAAUGGUUUUGCUUCAAUAAUAUCAUCUCUGUUAU